AUGGGGAGGGGGCAGCCAGGGCAAGGUGACGGGGCCUGGGAGGGGGCGGCCGGGGAUGGGGUCGGCCGGGGCAAGGCAACUGGGGCGGCUGGGGACGGGGCAAGGGGACGAGGGUUUGGGGUGGGCAGGCGGGGCAAGGCGACGAGGGCCGGGGUGGGGGAGGGCAGGGCAAGGACACCAGUAUUCCCGGAGAGCGCUCCGACCGUGUUUCCCGGCGAAGACCCCCCGCCAUACUCCCCCCUGACCAGCCCCGAGAGCGGGGGAAGUCUUAUUAAUUGCCGGGUCUGCCAGUCUCUCAUCAACGUGGAGGGCAAGAUGCACCAACAUGUGGUGAAGUGUGGCAUCUGCAACGAGGCAACGCCCAUUAAGAACGCUCUUCGGAAGAAAUAUGUGCGGUGCCCGUGCAAUUGCCUCCUGAUCUGUAAAGUCACUUCUCAGAGAAUUGCCUGUCCACGACCAUACUGUAAGAGGAUAAUAAAUCUCGGACCUGUUCAUCCUGGACCAACCAGCCCCGAUCCCCAGCCGUCUGGUACCCGGGUUAUCUGUGGGCAUUGCAAAAACACAUUCCUGUGGCGGGAGUUCACGGACAGGACGUUAGCGCGCUGCCCGCACUGUCGACACGUCUCCUCGAUUGGCCGGCAGUACCCGCGUCGGCGAUGCAUGUGGAUAUUCAUGGUGGGGUUACUAUUCGCUGCUAUCGCUGCAGGUCUGGCGGUAUCUACGUGGAGGCAGGCCAGGAGAUAUCAUGGGAUCUACGUGGGUUGGUCUGUGCUCAUUAUUCUGUCGCUGUGUUGCCUCGCCCGAGCCUGCUACUGGGCCUGCCUGAAAGUGAGCCACCCAAUACAGAGUUUCUCCUGACAUGCUGAGGGCAGGAGCAGGAGGUGGGCGAGGAUUUAGGGAGGAGGGGCGGCGUGAUGAGAACAGCCCCCUCCCUGUCCAUCCCGCGCCCGAAAAAGUGAACUGUAAUGACGUGCUGUCCCGUCUGUGCAGAGCAGGGUCUCUUGAUUAAGGCCCCUGCCCCUUCACUGUCUGCAAUAAACCCCUCGAUCCCAUCUCCACUACCAGCACUUCACAUGACAGACCUGUCAAUGUCUGAAAGAUAACCUCCCCACACUAGAGGCAAUUGUAACCGCCUACACUAAAAUCCUUUCACACUACAGAAUCUCAUCACCGCCUGCAAUAAACUCUUUCACACUACAGAGUCCCUUCACCAUCUCUAGUACACAAACCCCCCCCCCCCACCUCCACUGUCACUCCGUAUCACUGUCCCACCCGCCGACUCUCUCUCUCACUCUCCGCACUCACUACUGCCCCCAGUCCCUCAGGAGGGUGGUUGAAACGGACGUUCCUGUUGUCAGAACUGAGGAGAAACGCACAGCGAGACAGCGGCGUGUGCGGGAGAGGCGUCCAGGAAUCUGUUCCCAGCUCCAGCCCAGAUUCCUCAUGCUCCUGGUUCCUGGGCCCCGCCUGAGGCUGGGAAUCUCCCAUCCAUCAGGAGCACCAUCUGUGGGAUUUCCCUCUGUGCCCGGCCCUGCACUCGAAUCGCCCUUCCACCUUGCUAAUUCCCUCAUCCUGUGCAAAUUUCCCAGGAGAACCAGAGGGAGAUGUCUUCAGCAAUGAAUUGAACCAAUACUGGGGACUCUGUCCUGUGGAAAUUCAAAGUGCACCCCUCCCUCCUCGACUACAAACUGACCCAGCCUCCGCUACAAACUAACUGACUUACCACCCCCCUCCCUUUCGGUCGUCGGUCUUGGAGGGGUUCUCCUGGUGUAUGUUGUGUGCCCGUGUUACAGAGCCCUGGAUCUUUGCCUGACGGGGCCAGGGGUGGAUUUGUUUCUGUCUGUCAACACGCCCCCCCAUCUGUCUGUCUCUCUCUCUCUCUCUCUCUCUCUCUCUCUCUCUGUGUGUGUAUUUGUAUAAAUUCUCCCAGGGUCACGAUGUUUUAUGAUACAGGGGUGAUGCUGUCCUGCUGCUAGGCUUCCCCACAUUCUACCUGUUGAUCCUGGAGGUAAAUGGAGUCUCCCUUUCUACGUCCCCGCAGCACACUCUGUCUCCGUCCUGUAACCGAGUCCCCCUUGGCCCGGCUCCAUUGUGUUAACACCUGUCUGCUCAUUGUAUCAUAAGCUCUGUCUGAAACAUUGAUGAGGAAUCUCCUAAUUUGCUCUAAUGUAAUAAUAAAACAGUUUUAGAUCUUU